GAAGCGCGGCGCUGGCUGGGCGCUCGGCGGGGCACGUGGAGAGCUGCGCGCCCCGAGUCGCCCCGAUGGGCCGAGCGCGCCCGAGGCGCAACUGGAAGGCCCGCCGCCCGGAGAGCCGCGCCCCGCCGGGCCCCCCGGAGCCCGUGCAGCUGGAGCUGGGCGAUGAAGCCAUUUCAAAAGGGGUGGAUGAGUGUAAUGCCCUGGUCCUCCCAUCACAGAAAACCAAGGAUAAAAAAGUAACUUCUGAAAAGGCCCCAGAAAAGAAGCCGCUGACCAAGAAGCAGAAGAAACUCCUGCAGAAGGUUUUGGAACAGAAAGCAAAGAAGGAAAAGCGAGCGGAGUUGCUGAGAAAGCUGAGUGAAGUCCAGGCUUCCGAGGCCGAGAUGAAGAUGUUUUAUACCACGUCCAAAAUAGGGACGGGGGACCGGAUGUACCAGCCUAAACGGGCAAUCCAAGAAGUGAGUGCCUCUCAUCCAGAAAAAAUUAAAAGCGUUGGUGGUGCAAACAGAAAAAGAUGCAGACCUGAACUGGAGUCUGAAGAGGAGUCUGAGAUUUCCUCGGAGGAAGAGGAGGAGGAAAAGGAGCCAGAAGAGCAGGCAGAAAAGGCAGCCCCAGAGGUUCCUAGCACUAUCCUGCUGCCUGAGGAGCCAAAGAAAGCCAUUGCAUCUCCACCCAGCACAUCGAAGCAACAUUUUCAUGCUCCCAAGCCAUCUUUGGGGCCUACUGUGUUCAUCCCAGUGGACAGAUCUCCCGAGAUUCAGGAAGCCAGGCUGAAGCUCCCAAUCCUUGCCGAAGAACAAGUCAUAAUGGAAACCAUCAAUGAGAACUCUAUUGUUAUCAUAUGUGGAGAAACUGGCAGUGGGAAGACCACGCAAGUCCCUCAAUUUCUCUACGAAGCAGGAUAUGCCAGGCCUGGCGGCAUCAUCGGAAUCACAGAACCACGGCGUGUGGCUGCAAUUUCUAUGUCCCAGCGUGUUGCAAAGGAGAUGAACUUAUCACAUAGGGUGAUUUCAUACCAAAUCCGUUACGAAGGAAACGUGACAGAUGACACCAAAAUCAAAUUCAUGACAGAUGGUGUGUUGUUGAAGGAAAUCCAGAAGGAUUUCUUGUUGUCCAAGUACCGGGUCAUUAUUCUCGAUGAAGCUCAUGAAAGAAGCAUCUAUACGGAUAUCCUGAUUGGUCUUUUAUCACGCAUUGUGCCACUCAGAGCCAAGAAAGGAAAUCCGCUAAAGCUGAUCAUCAUGUCUGCCACACUGCGUGUGGAAGAUUUCACCACCAACAAGAAACUGUUUGCCAGUCCUCCUCCUGUUAUACAGGUGGAUGUGAGGCAAUUUCCUGUGGCAGUUCAUUUUAACAAAAGGACCCCACUGGAUGAUUAUAAUGGAGAAUGUUUCCGGAAAGUCUGUAAAAUUCACCGAAUGUUGCCAUCGGGGGGCAUCCUAGUGUUCCUCACUGGCCAGGCGGAAGUACAUUCACUGUGUAGGAGGCUGAGGAAAUCCUUCCCUUUCCGCAAAAAUGCACCCCAAGGUGGUGAUGAAGACAAGGAGGAUUCGGUUGAAGAAAUACGAAGAUUUAAGAAAUCCAAACGGAAAAAGAAUGUGGUGCUGCCCAAAAUAGAUCUGGAUAACUAUUCUGUUAUGCCAGUAGAUGAAGGAGAUGAAGACAGAGAUGCAGGAGCUGAAGAAGAUGCUGACGCUGCUUGCUCAGAUCUCGACCUGGAAUAUGGAGAUGAUGGGUUGGAAGAAGGUGAGAACCCAGAUUCCUCCCUCCCACUUUAUGUUCUUCCACUUUACUCCUUGCUGGCACCAGAAAAGCAAGCCAAGGUUUUUAGGCCCCAUCCUCCUGGGACCAGGCUCUGUGUUGUAGCAACCAACGUGGCUGAAACAUCCCUGACCAUCCCAGGCAUCAAGUACGUGGUCGACUGUGGGAAGGUCAAGAAACGCUUCUACGACAAAGUCACUGGAGUCUCAUCUUUCAGAGUCACCUGGACGUCACAGGCAUCUGCCAACCAGCGGGCCGGCCGAGCUGGGCGCACAGAGCCUGGCCACUGUUACAGGCUUUACUCUUCGGCUGUCUUCAGUGACUUUGAGAAGUUCACUUCUCCUGAGAUUACCAGGCGACCUGUUGAAGAUUUAAUCCUGCAAAUGAAAGCGCUAAACAUUGAAAAGGUGGUCAAUUUUCCCUUUCCUACACCCCCGCCGCUGGAAGCGCUAGUUGCUGCUGAGGAGCUGUUGAUAGCCCUUGGAGCCUUGCAGGAACCCUCCAAAUCUGGAAGGCUGAAAAAGUUGCAAGAAGCAAAGCUGACCUGCCCCAUCAGCCCCCUGGGGGCCACAAUGGCAGCCUUUCCUGUGGCUCCCCGUUACGCAAAGAUGCUUGCCUUGAGCAAACAGCAGGACUGCCUCCCAUAUGUCAUCACCUUAGUGUCAGCCCUGACGGUUCGGGAACUCUUUGAAGAGUUUAACAGGCCUGCCACUAGCGAGGAAGAGCAGGAGACGCUCAAGGGGAAAAGGGCACGUGUGGUGCAGAUGCAGCGGAUCUGGGCUGGACAAGGGCCCUCUCAGAAACUGGGAGACCUCAUGGUAAUGCUAGGAGCUGUCGGCGCCUGUGAGUAUGCUGGGUGCACGCCUAAGUUCUGUGAGGCAAACGGCCUACGCUACAAAGCCAUGGUGGAAAUCAGGCGCUUGCGUGGGCAGCUGACAACUGCAGUGAAUUCAGUCUGCUCGGACACCGGCUUCUUUGUUGACCCCAAAAUGAAGCCCCCAUCAGAAGCCCAGGUGACUUUCCUGAGGCAGAUAGUCUUGGCCGGCCUGGGAGACCACGUUGCCCGGAAGAUCCAAGCUGAGGAGCUCCUAGAUGAGAAGUGGAAAAAUGGUUACAAAACUCCUCUUCUGGACGAUCCAGUCUUCAUCCACCCCAAUUCCGUCCUCUUCAAGCAGCUCCCUGAGUUUGUGGUGUAUCAGGAGAUUGUUGAAACCACAAAAAUGUACAUGAAAGGUGUCUCAGCCAUUGAACCAGAAUGGAUCCCGCUCCUUUUGCCUCCAUACUGCCACUUCGAAAAACCUCUGGAAAGCCGCCCUCCUUUUUACUGCCCUGAAACGGGUCGGGUUCGAUGCCACAGACAGAGUGUCUUCUAUCGGGUAGGCUGGCAGCUUCCUGCUGUAGAAGUGGAUUACCCAGAAGGCCUUGAGUGCUACAAAUAUUUCACCAAGUUCUUAUUGGAAGGGAAGGUUGUUAAAAAACUGGCUGCUUACAGCUGCUGCUUGUUGUCCAGUCCAGUGACAAUGCUGAAAACGUGGUCCAGGCUGCAACCAAGGACAGAGUCACUGCUGCAAGCUCUUGUCUCUGAAAAUGUGGAUAACAGGGAUGCUUUACUUGCUGCCUGGAAGAAGAACCCAAAAUAUUUGUUGUCAGAAUAUUGCCAGUGGAUCCCGGAAGUUACACACCAACAGGUAUCUAAAAUCUGGCCACCCUUGCCACCAUGAUCUUUCAUGCAAGCUCCUACCAUCCACCCUGUCCUGGAACCAGCGCCGGCUGCGAAAACACAA